UGAAUAACUUAUAAUUAAAUAUAGGUAAAAAAAAAUGGUUGUGAUCGAUGUUUUCCAACAUUAUCAAGUCAAUCAUCUUCGUUUAUUACAACUACCACAUCUUAAAAAACCCUCUAAAUUUCUCCUCACAAGACUUGAGAAUUCUGAUAAUUUUUCUUCCAUUUCAAGAAGAAAAUCUCAAACUAGGUUUAAGCUAUUCAAAGUCAAGGCAUCUUCUUCUUUGUGUUCUACAAUGUCUUUAUUUUCUCAAAAUCCAAUGGUAAAUGACAUUACAUCUACUGUGAUUACUAGUGGAGUUGCUCUAUUUUGUCUUCAAUUUUGGGGUGAAAUUGCUAAGAGGAGGAUCAUUAAAGAUCAGAUUUUAAUCAGGAAGUUUGUGCAUAUAAACAUUGGACUGGUCUUCAUGCUUAUGUGGCCCAUAUUCAGUUUUCGACCCCAAGCAGCAUAUUUGGCGGCUCUUGUUCCUGGAGUUAAUAUAAUACGGAUGCUAGUAUUGGGUCUCGGGUUGAUUAAGGAUGAAUCUAUGGUCAUGUCGAUGACCAGAUCUGGAGAUUACAGGGAACUAUUGAAGGGGCCAUUUUAUUAUGCUUCCACGGCAACUUUGGCUUGUGCUGUUUAUUGGAGAACUUCCCCCAUUGCAAUUGCUAUUAUUUGCAACCUGUGUGCUGGAGAUGGUCUAGCUGAUAUAAUGGGGAGGAGAUUUGGCAAGAAAAAGCUUCCGCACAAUAGAAACAAGUCUUAUGCUGGUAGCAUUGCCAUGGCCAUUGCUGGUUUCCUAGCAUCUAUUGGGUACAUGCACUUCUUCUCACAGUUUGGCUUCAUAAAAGAAAGUCCUAGUCUGGUUUUAGGAUUCCUAAUUGUGUCUCUGGCAACAACACUAGUAGAAUCACUGUCGAUAAGUACUGAGAUUGAUGACAACCUGACAGUUCCACUGACGGCUGCAUUGGUGGGCAGCCUUGUGCUCUGAAUACCUUAGAUUGACGAUAACCUGACUAUUCCUCUGGGUAGAAGAGUUGAUUUCUACUGUCAUUGUAGCUUGUAUUAAUUGUAUUAUUGUAUAAUUGGAUUGGAUGAUUCGAAAUUGUAUGUGAGACUUUGAAUCUUGUAAAAUAUAAGCCCACAGUUACUAGUUUGUUCUCAUCCUUACAAGAGUAUGAUUACAAUUUGUUGGCAUUAUUGGAAGAUUAGUUGCC